CUCAGUCGAAUUUCAGACGUACACCAUGAACAACUUUGCCAUUUGCGCCCUGCUCAUCCUGCCGCUGGUCAGCGGUGGGUUUGCUCCACCCCAAAGACACUUUGUGGCCUACGAAAUCCAAUCCAACAACAUGCCGCAGAUGGAAGCCAUCGUCCAGAAGAUGCAGGCCAUGCUCCAGAACAUGGUUCCGGAAUUGGCUCGCCUGGCCGAUAUGUCCGUCCAGGCUGAUGCCGGUGUCCUUCCCGACAUGUCCGUGGCCACCGAUGCCGACGAGACCCCCAGGAGGCGUUCUGCGGAGUUCAAGGUCGCUCCGAUCGCCAGGGUCGCUGCUCCCGUCUUCGCCCAGAUUCCCGACAUGUCCGUCCAGGCUGAUGCCGGUUUGAUCCCAGACAUUUCCGUCGCCACCGAUGCCGACGAAACCCCCAAGCGCGCCUCCUUUGCCUUCAGGAAGCCCAUUUUGGACAGGAUCGCUGGAGGAGUUUCCAACGUAGAUGCCGAUUUGAUUCCCGACAUCUCGGUGGCCUCCGAUGCGGAUGAGACCCCCAGGCAAGCCGUCGAUGGUCUGAAGACCCUGCCUAAUUUCGCAAAGGUCUCUGGAGGAGCACCAGUGGACUUUCAAAAGAUCUUUGCCAAGCUCAGGAACCUGCCUCAGUUGACCAAGGUUUCCGGAGGCGAGCCCGUGGAGCUUAAGAUUCAAGCCGAUGCCGAUCUGAUUCCCGAUAUGUCCGUUGCCUCUGAUGCGGAUGAUACUCCCAAGAAGAUCAUCGCUGGUCUGAAGACCCUGCCCAAGUUUACAAAGGUUUCUGGCGGAGAGCCCGUUGAGGUUAAUGCCCAAGCUGAUGCCGAUUUGAUUCCCGAUAUCUCGGUGGCCUCCGAUGCCGAUGUGACCCCCAAGAAGGUGGUUGCCGGUCUGAAGACCUUGCCCCAGUUGACCAAGGUCACUGGUGGUGAGCCCGUCGAGAUCAAAGCCCAAGCUGAUGCCGAUCUGAUUCCCGAUAUCUCGGUGGCCAGCGAUGCCGAUUUCGAUCCCAAGAAGACCCUGGCCGCCAUUUUGGCCAAGCUUCACUAAUUGUCUCCGAAAUUCAUCAGCUGACCCUGAUUAAAUCGGAAAUCAUCUAUAUCUAAAUGGUUGUGCGUUUUUGUAUUUUUAGGUUUUUAUAUAAAUUAAUCAAGUUUUAAAGAAGCGCA